AUGGAGAUUCGUUCCAGGCAAGAUCUGGUCGAGUAUCUGCCCGAUGAUGCACCGUGGGCGAGCUACCCUUUGCAUACUCUCCGUCUUCAAAGCGCAAUCCGCUCUCUUGACCCUUCCGGCUACGAAAGGGACUUCGUCACUCGCCUCGAAGGCUAUCGGAACAGUCAUCCUGGCGAAAAUCGUCUCUUGGCCUGGCGCAUUCGCCAAGACCAAAUUUAUAAGCGCGAAUUGGGGCACGCUUUGAGUCGCAAAUACUAUGUUGUCGAGGUCGAGGAUAACAGCAACGAUACCUCAAUGGAGAAGCUAUUCACCCUGUUGGACGCUUCCUCUGACAGCAAAUUUUAUGUCAUCAUCAGCAGGAUUCCUCGAUGCAGCUGUCCGUUCAGGCAAGAAGUCGGAGGCCUCAAGAACUACACCUGCAGCCAUAUUAUCUACAUACUUCACUUUGUGCUCAACUGUCCCGAGCCCCUGAAAUGGCAACAAGCAUUCCAUCGUAAGGAACUCGAGGCAGUCUUCCGCUACAGCACUGCUUUCGAGUACACCCUGGACCUAGGCACCGACCUCCAACGCAACACCCAAUGUGUCCUUUGCUUCCGCGACGUCAACGAACAAAACUUAGUAAUGGCUUCUCAAUGUUGCGGCUUCCUAGCUCACUCCCGUUGUCAGGAGGUUACCAAGACUUUUCCUUGUAUUCUGCACUCUUCUGCAUUGACCAAGAUGGGAAGCAGCAGAGAAGCCAGCGUUGAUACCUGGUUGUCUCGGCAGGGAUCGUCACCUCUGAGGUUCUCCGAUGAUCAGAUAUUCAACAGUCAACCUCGGGAGCCUCAUGAAAACGGCAACUACAAGUGGGAGUCAUCCAGUGAUGACCACUACUCAGCCAUCAACUACGAUGAGGAAGGCCUUGCCAACGAACAAUCUGCAAACAGAUCUGCUGUUGAGUUCUUUGAAGAAAGAAGCCGAGUUUCCCUUCACUCCCCCUCGGUCGCAUCGUCAGCCUCCUCCUCUGCUGGCCCAGUGGCAAUCAAACAGGAGCCUGAGUCUCCUUCGCCUUCUCCCCGGAGGCAAAUGCCGUCAAGGGCCGCGAAGGAGGUCACUCGUGCCCGACCCGACGCCUAUACGGGGUCGCCGCCCCGUAAGCAAGCGCUUACUCUGGUGCGUUCCUGGUCUCCAAAAGUCAGCACGACACCAAUUCCCUUGCCGGUUAUUCCUGGACUCCCACUGCUACAAGGACAGCCAGUGGGCGGCAGUCAACCGGCUCGCCUCCCGGUCGUUGAGAAUCCAGUGCAGGCUUCCGUCAUCCCGGCGAGUGCCCAAGGGAAGUUUGGGAGGUCAAGAAAAGUUGCUGGUGGCAGCCCGUUGCGCCACAUUACGACUGAGGGUGCCUCUCCCUCCUCAGCUCCAGCUACUACUCGUUCAGUUUCGGGCUUUUCCGGAUCGGCUAUUUCACUUUCACGUGAGGAAGCCUCCCGUUCCUCAUCUUUCCAUCCGUCUCCCGCUCUCCAUUCACCUCCUCUUAAGCAUGAGGUCAACUCCGUCAUCUCUUUUCCAAUCCCUCCUACCGGAGCCACCUUCGCUUCGGUGUCAAUCCCCGGUACAGAGAUCGCUUCUUCGCUCGUCAACAACAAGAAGAAGAAGAAGACAAACCCAAAGAAGAAGCGGGCCGUCAGUACGACCCCAGCCAGCGCUGUCACAGACCAAGCACGCGCCACCGACGACCAAAUCGCUGCUACUAGCACUUCCCCAGAGACUGCGGCCGGCACCACUGCCCACCAGUCAGAAGUCAGCGAGGUCAAAGCGUCAAAGCGAGAGAGACGUAAGGCACGACUCAUUAAACGAAUGUCCCGCCUUGAAGAAGACUCCGGAAAGAUUAGAAAGACCAAGAAGUACGUUGAGAAAGAACUGGCAAGGCUCGAGAAGAAGAAGAGCAAGGUGGCCAAGAAGAUGGCUAAGCUGCUGGAGACGGAAAGGGGUGUGUAG